AUGGGGCCACGCCCAUGUACGGGAGCCCCAUUGGACGACACCGCGGCGUCCACGGAAGUGGAUCAGCGUUUCACGAGCUGCGAAUCAAACCAGGAGGAGCACAGUAUGGCGGCGACGCGAGAAGCGAGCCCGAGCCUCGCAGGCGACGAGAGGUCCGAACACCUCUGGGCUCUGGCACGGGCGCACGGCAUCGUGGCGGCAGGGGGGAGAGGAUUAAGAGAGCAAGCUGGGGAGCUCGCUGGAGGCGAGGAACAGGAGUCACAGAAGAACAUCGUGUAUCGCAGAGGCCAGAGACGGGCGAGGAGGAACCGAGGAAGUAGUCUACGGUUGAUUUAA